AUGCCUGGUGAAAAGCCUAAAGUUGGCGGGGUGUCUGGGCCCACUAGAUCACUCUAUGCACUGCCUUCACUGACAGGCGCUGCCAACCACGAUCCGACAAAAUCCAGAGCGCCAAGUUACUCUUUCGGAAAAACCUGUCGCACCAUCAAACAUAACAUCUCCCCAGGACCCGCCCACUUUAUCCCUUCUAACAUCACCAAAAAUGGUCGCGACGGGACACCGGCAUUUUCCUUCGGCAGACGUCCUAAGCAGCGGGGUCUCGACAUGGUUCCCGCGCCCAACUGCUAUCAUCUCGGAAGUUCAGAUAAGCUCGCCUACCAGUCUUCUCCUGCUUACACUUUGUCUGCAAGGUGGAAACAAGCAGCACCAAGCUACAUGUUUACACCCGGUCCGGCAUCCAAUAUGCUGCCUCCUGUCAUUGGAUCCAAAACCGUCAACGUACCUGCAGUGCCCUCAUACACGAUUUCUGGUCGGAACAAAGUUGGAAACUUUUUUAACGACUUGGCAAAGACUCCAGGUCCUGCAGCCUAUCAAGCUGUAGAUCCCAGAACGUACCUGAACAAACCUCCAAUGUACAGCAUGCCAGGUCGCAAGUUCCUGCCAACAGGCUGUACGAAGACGCCAGCACCUGGAGUCUACGCUCCUGAGAAGGUUACCAGCUCACACCUAAAAGCUCCGUCCUUCAGCUUCGGGCGACAUCACUCGGAAAACACCAUCAUCCCCCUUACGGAGGUGGAUAAAGCCCAACGCUCAAUACAGCUAAUUUAA